AUGGAGAAUUACACCCUCGCUCCAUUAUCACAAGUCACUAAAUUCACUAUUCAAGACGAAUUAUAUAAAGAUAGUAAAACAGAAAUAUAUAAAGCUACAGAACGAUCAGGAUUAAGGCAUAGACAAGUUCGUAUUGUUACAAUUAAAAUGAUUAAAAUUGAUGAAAAUAAAAUAGAAGAAAACAAAAGAAGAGAAGUUUAUUCUAAAUAUAUGGAAACUGUUGAUAAUCCACAUGUAUUACAAUACUUCAAUUCAUUUUAUACUACAAUUAGAGGGUCAUUAGAAUAUUGGAUUAUUAUGGAGUAUUGUAGUUUUAAAAGUAUUGAUGAAUAUUGGAAAAGUAAUGCAAUUAUUCAACAAGACCAAAAUUUAUUUUUUAUCUCUGAUAUUGCAAUAGGAUUAGAAUAUAUUUAUGAAACAUUAAAUCAUCAACACCUUCAUUUAUAUCCAUGUAAUAUUUUAUUAUCUCGAGAUCCUGCUUCAAUCUUUCCUAAAGUAAAGUUAUCAAAUUUCGGGUUAUGUGAUCAAUUUGAACAGACAAUCCCUAACGAAUUGGAAUUAUGUGAUGUUAAUUAUGCUGCUCCAGAAUAUUUAAAUUGGUACAGUCAUUCUAAAUCAGAUGUAUGGUCUUUUGGAAUGUUAAUAUUUAAAUUAUUAGUUGGUAGAUUACCAUUUGAAUUAAUGCAAAUGGAUUCAUUAAGUGCUAUACCAGCACAAGUAUUUAUUGAUGUCUCUUCAUUUAUACAAAAUGAGAUGGCAUGUGAUUUGUUAUCUAAAAUGUUUCAAUAUGAUCCAGACGAACGAAUUUCAAUGCAAGAAGUUCUUACUCAUCCAUUUAUUCAAAUGUGUAAGAAUCAUAAAUAUGGAACACAAGGUAAAAGAGAAAAUUAUAAACCAUUAAAACAAUUAGAUCAUGGUCAAUUUGGUCAAGUCUUUUUAGCUGAAAAUACUGAUCAUACCCAAUUUGCUAUUAAAGAAAUUUCACAAAGAAUUGAUUCAUUAAAACGUGAAGCUAGUUGUAUGAGAUUAUGUAAACAUCCUAAUUUAGUAGAAUAUAAGGAUUUUUUUGAAUGGAAUCAUUCAAUGAUUGCUGAAAUAAGAGGUGAACAAAGUCCAGAAGGGAAGUAUGUUUAUUUAGUAAUGGAAUAUUGUAAUUCAGGUAAUUUAGAAAUGUAUAUUAAAAAUAAGCCAACUCCAUUAUCAGAUGAAGAAAUUAGUUAUUUCCUUGGAGAAAUUUGUAGUGGGUUGUGGUACCUUCAUUUUAAUAAAAGAUUAAUUCAUAGAGAUCUUAAACCAGCUAAUUUAUUAUUAAAAUCAUCUUCUUCGAAAUAUCCAUUACUUAAAAUUGCUGAUUAUGGUUUUUCAAGAGGAAUUGAUGGAAUGAUGAAAUCAAUAGUUGGUACUCCUUUAUAUGAGGCUCCUGAAAUUAGAAAAAAUCAACCUUACACUGCUAAAGCUGAUUUAUAUAGUCUUGGUGUAAUUUUAUAUUACAUGGCUACUAAAGAAUUCCCAUUUACUGAUAUUCCUGAUGUCUUUCAAAAUGCAAUGACAAAUGAACUUCCUGCUGAAUUUAGAGAUGACGUCAUUAUCAAUGAUCAAUUAAAAGAUCUUAUUCUUCAUUUGAUUACUCAUCACGAAAAGGAUCGUCUUUCCUGGAAAGAAGUAUAUAAACAUCCUUACGUAAUUCAAUCUUUAAAACUUUCUAAGAGAAUUAGACCAGCAAAUGAUGAAGUUAACAGUUUUUAA